AUGCUCGUCCCCACACGCUGCUGUCUCGCGCGAAGCCAUCUCGCUGCUCGUGCUCGUGGACAUCAUGCGCGUAUAUCUAUAUUGACGCGACGAUGGACGUCUACUCAUUCCUAUGAGGGCCAACAUCAGCAACAACAGGAACAGGAACAGGAACAACACGCCCAAUUCCUCACGCUGCGCCAGGGAACCCCAGUGCGCACAGGCGUAGACGUCUUCAUGGGCGAUCCGCAUCAGGCCCUCGCCAUCGUCCCGUCAGACAUCGGGUUCGCAUUUCGGAAUGCCGUUUUCCCGCUUGCUGGGGGCCAGGCGGAUGGUUUGGAUACUGAUGUUGAUGUUGAUGUUGAUGUUGGUGUUCUGCCCCUGGUGUUCUACCAUGAUACGCGGCAUUUUGCGCAUGCUUCGUCGGCGCUGCCACAACUUAUCCUGCCGCGCGACUUGCCGCGACAGAGGAAUGCGAAUGCGACGAGCACGAGUCCGGCGGCGUUGUAUAUGUAUGGGCGAUCGCAUACCUUUGUGCUCACGGGGACGGAAGACGAGACCUUCACACGCCAUCUCCGCGACUCCAUCCGCGAACUCGGACCAUGCCUCGAGCAGCUCAAGGAUAUGUAG